AUUUAUCGGCUGGGCUAUCCAUCCAGUAAUACCUUAAACACGUUUAUUUCAAUAACCAAUAAGAGGAACCCUUUAAAAUUUGAUACGUGUGUCAGUCGAUUAAUCACGUAAAUUGUGUGUAAAUUUCAAGACUUUCGUAAGAAAAUCGUUUCGUGCAUGAACUACCUUAAACCAACCCGCUUACUGCUCCUUACUGCGCCGUCACAAGACAAACGACUGUGUUCUCCAAUUGUUUGAUCCAUAAUUCAAGCAUAACUUCACUCUUCAGACGUCGAGAAAUCGUCGAGGACGAGCCGAAACUACAGACCAGUCCAUCGCUUUCAUUGCUGAUCGAAGCUUCGAAAUAUUGCGAUUCAACAUGCCCGCCAUUAUCGUGAAUGAAUAUACUUGGCGGCAAAAUCAUGAAUUUGUCAUUAUAACAACGCGUUUAACCGGUCACCCGAAGAAAAUUGACCUAUUUGCCGUUAAUAAUUACUUUAAGGCGAGCUACCCUCCAUUCAUUUUCGAACUUUUUCUUCGGGGCGCAAUCGUCGAAGAGUCGAGUGAAUGUACCAUUGGCGACGAAACAGUUAUAUAUACACUGAAAAAACAAGAAAUUGGUGCAGAAUGGCCGUCUCUGGAGAUGGAAGAUCUGGAUAAGAGCAAAAAGCGUGCUGAACGAUCGCGAGCAUUCGAACUCGCCCAAGUUUCCGCUGAGGAGAAGGCCAAGGCCAAAAGCAAAAAAUGUCAAGCACUGCAGCGACGGGCUGUCAGAGCGCAAAUCGAUCUUGAUACUGAGUGGCUCAACAAAAUCGAAUCUAUGAGAGAUUCUCAUCGAAAAGAAGCUAUGAAAGAUUUCGAGGAUUGGCGCAAUCAGGCUGAAAAACCCAUUCUUCAAAGCGUCGUCGGGUCUGUACAGGAGAACAGGAAAGCUUACAGACCACCUUUAAAGUGGUUCGGCAACGAGAAAUCUCAGGAAACCAGCAGUGAUUCGAAAAUCGCGGAAUCCGAGAGAGCUGAAAUGAAUGAAAAUAAUGAAGAAGAAAGUGAAGCUACCAAAGGCGCCGAAACGAAGCCAACGGAACUUCCGUUGAAUAACGAGAACGGCGACAGUGUCAGGAAGCAAAGCAAAGUCGAAGAGGAACCACCAAAAUUAUUAUCGACGAGAAAUAACGGGAAUUCCAGUACGGCCGUAGCAUUGAGUACGUCUUCGGAUUCGUCGGACUCGGACUCGGAUACCCAAACCUGGAACAAUUCUAAAGUUUCAUUCGGAGCCGAUGAAAAAGUACGACGAGAAUUUGUACGAAGGAAGAAAAGAGAGAUGAAAAAUCGCGGAAAGGAAAUAGUGAGGCGAGUACUUUCGAACGAGAAAAAUAAAUUCCUUGGGAAAAAUCGCGAGGGUAUUUUCGAGCAGAAUGGAGUUGCUAUACCGAGGCCCAGGAAAUCGUGCACCAUUGACGUUAAAUUCACUGAAAGACAGUUCCCUACACCGGCACGAGAGAGCAUUCAUCUCGAGGAGCAAGAAUGGCUGGAAAAACAAGCUGAAGCUAGAAGGAAGACUGGAUUCGUCUCAGAAGAUCUACGCCCUGAAGAACAGGAUCCUCAAUGGUUGAAGGAAAAGGGCGACGAGUUCUUCAAAGCUGGCAAUUAUUUGGGUGCGCUGAGUGCAUACAGCCACGGUAUAAAGUUGAGUGAGAAAAUGUCGUCUCUGUACGUGAAUCGUUCGGCGGCGCACUACGCAGCGGAGAAUUAUCAAAGAUGCGCUGAAGAUUGUUCCAAGGCUUUGGAGCUGAUGGUACCGAAGUGCGAGGGGAACCGUGACUCGAGAGCUCGUUGUCACGCUCGGCUGGGCGCAGCGCUCUGCAAAUUGUCAGCUCCGCAACACGGAAUACCAGAAUUGGAGGCUGCACUUAAACUUGCACCGGAAAACGAGACGAUCAAGCGCGAUUUGGAGGUCGCCAAAAGAUAUUUCGAAAUUAAAGAUUAGGGAAUUAUACGAGAACCGUGCAAUUUAGUCGUGAGUAGGAUUCAUCAAUAAUACAGAGGCACACAGGCAACGAUCAUUAUAUUGAAUUUAGAAAAUAUUUCUAUACAAUCGAAAACCUCCGUUUAUGUAUAACGAAUUCUUAUUUUUCCUUAUCGUUUUCACAUUAUGAAUCAUAAUUUAUUUCAAACUCACCAACAGUUUCAACUAUUCAAAUAUAUUAUUCACUUGCUUGACGUGCAAUUUAGAUGCAAAUAUUUGCCUCUUUUGUCCAAAUAAUCGAAUCGUAAGUUAUGCGCGCGUUAGUAUCAACUGCAUAGUAUGCCUUCGCAUCUCUGAGUCAUACAUUUUUGAGCAGUGAUGGAAAAACUGAAAAAUUUUAACUCUCAAGGCGAAUGGAUUUGGCGAUUUGCUUUUAUACAAUGAAUUUCAUUGACUCGGGCAUAUUUGUGAGUGUUACACAACGUUUGUUGUAUUAACUCUUUACCGGUCGACGCAUUACAUUUCCCCUAAGUUUAUUCAAGUAUUCAUAACCACCGCAAAACUCGACGCACUGAAUAAAUUCUUUCGGUAACCCAAAUAAGGUUUAUUGAUUUUUUUCGACCGGUAUAAAUUAUAAAUGUGGGUAUAAAAAGUGUUAGGUUUAAAAAAUACAUUCUCAAAAUACACAAUAAAUUUUUUUUUAUUUUUACUAUUUUACUGAGGUUUCGUACAGAAAAAUGGGGGAGAAGACAGGUCCGAGGAAAAGAUGGGCGUGUGUUGUUGAAAAAAUCUCUGGAAUGGAUGAUCGGAGAAAAAAAUUUGGCUUUAGAUUCAACAGGUAAAUGGCUGUAUCAUACGAUUUUUGAUUUUUUUCAGAAAUUACAAAAUGGAGGCCAUUUAUUAAAAAACUACGAAAAAGCGAGUUUUUUAAAAUUGUUUUUUGCACAAAAAAAUAGUUCCACUCAAAAUGUGCAAAAUCGUACGAUAUGCGUUAUAGCUACAGGUAUAAAGAACAUGUGGUCAAAUUUUGGUCAGGAUCGGAGAUUUUAUCAACAAACAUCGAGCCCGAUGAAUAGCUUCAAAGAAAUCGAGGUUUUCGUCGAUCAACUUUUCUGCUUCCAUGAAAAUGAAUUAUCGUGUAUAUUUCUGCAUUGAAAAACAAAUAAGAGGGACUUGAAUUUCUA